AUGGUCGCGCCAGCAGACUCUUGGCAUGGUGGUGGUGGUGUCGACUCCCUAUGCAGCGCGCGUGGCGACGGAGAGAGCGAGGCGGCGCGGCGCAUCAAGACGCAGCUCAUGGUGGAGAUGCAGGGUGUGAACAGCGGUGGGGACGCGCGCGUGCUGGUGCUGGCGGCGACAAACCUGCCAUACAACCUGGACAACGCAAUCCGGCGGCGCUUCGACAAGCGCAUCUAUAUCCCGCUGCCCGAGGCCCAUGCGCGCGCGCACAUGUUCAAGGUGCACCUGGGGGACACCCCCAACUCGCUGACUGAGAGGGACUUCCAGGAGCUGGGGGCGCAGACCGAGGGCUUCAGCGGCAGCGACGUGGCGGUGGUUGUGAAGGACGUGCUGAUGCAGCCCAUCCGGCUGCUGCGGGAGGCGACGCACUUCAGAAAGGUGCGCCACCCGGACGGCGGCGACGCCUAUGAGCCGUGCGCGCCCGGUGCCCCGGGGUCUCAGGAGUGCAGCCUGCAGUACUUUGCUGACAAGGGCCUGGCAGACAGGGUGCUGCUGCGCGCGCGGCCGACCGUCAGCCCCAACGAUCUCGCGGUCUUUGAGAAGUUUACUGAUGAGUUUGGAGAGGAGGCGAACUGA